UCCAUAGAGCAAAGGAAUUAUUAGAUUUAGAACGAUGCUCAGAAGAACUGUAUUAGUGUUUUGUUCUGUAUUUUUCGUGUGUUACGCGAAUCCCGACGCGAAGAGACUUUACGAUGACUUAUUGAGUAACUACAACAGACUCAUUCGACCCGUCGAUAAAAACAACAAUACUGUACUGGUGAAACUUGGGCUAAGGCUGUCCCAGCUCAUUGAUUUGAAUCUCAAGGAUCAAAUAUUAACGACAAACGUCUGGUUGGAGCACGAAUGGGAAGAUCACAAAUUCAAAUGGGAUCCCCUAGAGUAUGGUGGGGUGAAGGAGCUGUACGUACCAUCAGAACACAUCUGGUUACCAGACAUCGUAUUGUACAAUAAUGCCGACGGUGAAUAUGUAGUGACGACGAUGACCAAAGCGGUACUGCAUUACACCGGCAAAGUCUUGUGGACUCCGCCGGCCAUCUUCAAGUCUUCCUGCGAGAUCGACGUACGAUACUUCCCGUUCGAUCAGCAGACCUGCUUUCUCAAGUUCGGUUCCUGGAGCUAUGAUGGUGAUCAGAUCGAUUUGAAGCACAUCAACCAGAAGAAAGGCGACAUGGUGGAUGUGGGCAUUGACCUCCGGGAGUACUACCCGUCAGUUGAGUGGGACAUACUGGGGGUGCCUGCUGAAAGACAUGAGCGCUACUACCCAUGCUGCCAAGAACCAUACCCAGAUAUAUUUUUCAACAUUACUCUGCGAAGGAAAACGUUAUUUUACACAGUUAAUCUUAUCGUUCCUUGUGUUGGCAUAUCGUAUCUCUCAGUCCUAGUGUUUUAUUUACCCGCAGACUCUGGAGAAAAAAUUGCUCUCAGUAUUUCAAUUUUACUCUCACAAACCAUGUUCUUUUUGUUGAUAUCAGAAAUCAUACCAUCUACGUCACUGGCCUUACCUUUAUUGGGAAAAUAUUUACUAUUCACUAUGUUACUUGUAGGUUUGUCAGUUGUGAUAACUAUAAUAAUUCUGAAUGUGCACUAUCGAAAGCCAAGUACACACAAAAUGGCUCCUUGGGUGAGAAAGUUUUUUAUAACUAAACUACCGAAGUUACUACUGAUGAGAGUUCCUAAGGAUUUGUUGAGAGAUUUAGCAGCGCAAAAGAUUGCUGGAAGGAGUUUGAAAAAGAAUAAGUUCAAGGAUGCAUUGGCCGCAGCGGAGCAAACAAAUUCGAACGCUUCAAGUCCUGACUCUCUACGUCAUCAUAUGCCAGGGGGCUGCAAUGGUUUACACUCCACUACUGCUACAAAUAGAUUCAGCGGCCUCGUCGGAGCUCUCGGGAGCCUUGGUGCAGGUUAUAAUGGUCUUCCUUCGGUAAUGUCCGGCCUUGAUGACUCCUUGAGCGACGUGGUACCUCGCAAGAAGUACCCCUUCGAGUUGGAAAAGGCGAUCCAUAACGUUAUGUUUAUACAACAUCACAUGCAGCGGCAAGAUGAAUUUAAUGCGGAAGAUCAAGACUGGGGCUUUGUAGCCAUGGUCCUGGAUCGACUGUUCCUCUGGAUAUUCACCAUCGCCUCCAUCGUGGGUACAUUUGCAAUCCUCUGUGAAGCACCUUCCUUGUACGAUGAUACUAAGCCAAUCGACAUGAUACUAUCAUCGGUUGCUCAGCAACAGUUUCUUCCUGUUGAUAGCGGAGAUCCUUAAAGAAAAAUAUUUAAUGUAUGUUGAUUUUGUUGGCCCUAUGCCAUCAUCUUUUAAGGCUUAGGCAUUUUUUUAGUAACCCAAU